GACGUUUAGUGAUGCCCAAGUUGACCUUUGAUGAUGUGGCUGUGAUGUUCUCCAAAGACGAGUGGAUCUUGCUGGAUGGGGAACAGCAGCAGCUCUACCAGGAUGUCAUGCUGGAGAAUUACUGGAACUUGCUCUCUGUGGGGUUUAAAAUACGUAAGCCGGACCUCAUCUGCCUGAUGGAGGAAGGGACGAAACUGUGGGUCCCAGAUAUGUACGAUUCCAAGGCCACGAAACCAGAACAAGACCCCUGCCCGCCGACAACCGGCUUGCCUCCCUAUACCUGUGCCGCGUGCUUGAAGUCCUUCCGGAGCAGGUGGUCCUUGCGGCGCCAUGAAGGCGUCCACACAGGAGUCAAGCCUUUCCAGUGCCUGUCGUGCGGGUGCUGUUUCAGCCAGGCCUACCGACUGCAGCGGCACCGAGCCUUGCGCGAGGGCCUCGCCAAGCCCCACGACUGCCCCUGCUGCACCAGGCGCUUUUGGUGCCGCAUGGGUCUCUCCCAGCAUUUGCGCAGCCACGCCGGGCAGCAGCCCAACGCCUGCCUGGUUUGCACAAAGCUAAGCAGGCCCGGCCACGCUAACCUUGAGAACGAGGGCAGAACGGCUGUGGGUGACGGCUUCCCCGAGGGGGCGCAUGACACAGGGGGAUGUUCUCGAACGUUCUGCACGGGGCAGCUUCCUGUCGCCGGAAAGCCGCAGGGGCCCAUUAUGCUGCAACCGGGGAUCCUUUCUCAUUCCUGCUUCCAGUGUGGUAAAUCCUUCUCCAGCUGCAGGCUGCUAGCUAGGCAUUGCCUCAGCGUACACACGGCCCCGGCCGAGCGUCUCCACCAGGGCCUCGUCUGUGGCAAGAGGUUUGUGUUCUCUUGGAAGCUGCAGGAGCACGUGGAUACCCACGACCACAGGCUGAAGCUGCACCCCUGCCUGGAAUGCGGGAAGCGGUUUUUCGGUCAGUCCAAAGUCCGGCGCCACCAAAUGGUGCACACUGGUGAGAAGCCUUACCCCUGCCCUUGCUGUGACCGUCGUUUCUGCCAGAAAUCAUAUGUGGCCGUUCAUGUGAAAAUGGCCCAUGGUGCAGGGAAGGUCAGAGCGCCUCUACGCAGUUGGCAUAGCGGGGCUGGUAGAAGCAGGGCAAAAGCUAGCGAGGAGCGCAACCCUCGGCUACCGGAGGCAGCGCGAAGUCAAGCAAUCACAGCGGCGGAUGUGAAAUCCACAUUCGCGGUAUAG